AAACUAUUACCACAUUUUAUGACAAUUCGCUUAUAUAAGCUGACGUGUGUAUUUAUAAAUCCUUAUUUAAAUAUUGAUUUUUAUCGUCUGUACGUUAUGAAAAUUCACACCUAGAUCAAACUCUGGUAACGGCUAUCUAGAAAUAUAUGACUGUAUGCGAAAUAUUGUUGCUGCCUGUGUUGAGUCCACUUUCAUUGACAGAUAUUUGUUUUCGGCGAUGAUAAAAUUUCUAAAAUUGUGAAUAAUUAAAUUUUGUUGAACGAGAACGAGUUUUAAUGUAAAAAAUCGGCGUCUCUGCGCCAUAUGCUUUUAUGCUGUAGUGUUGAAAUAAAUAUUUGACCGAUACUUGUGUAAUUCUAAAAGCCGUCAUCAUCAAAAAAGUGGUUAGAAACAGCAACCAACGAUGAGCAACGAUCAAGCAAAUGAACUGUCUGAAACAGUUGAGUUAUCUUCAAAUGAUAUUGAAAAAAUAGAAGAAGCAAAAUUAAGAGCAAAAUUUCCAAAUACUGGUCGCCCAAUUAGUGGACAUUCAGCAUUUCUACAGAAGAGGCUAGCUAAAGGGCAAAAAUAUUUUGAUUCUGGAGAUUAUCAAAUGGCAAAACAAAAAUAUACAGCUAAGCCAAAACCAGCUGGUGUUCUGCCAACAGGUGAUGCUAUACCUACACCUGAAACUGUACCACAACGAAAGACAUCUAUUAUCCAACAAAAAUUCAAUACAACAAGUACAUCAUAAGUUUUUGUAAUGUUUUAAAAGUAUCGUAACUCCAGUGAUAUAUAAUGCGAUUAUACACAAUCUAAAUUUUAAAUGUUCAGUAUCUUUAUGUUUUGUAGAUGGUAUUAUCUUAAAAGAUUAGUUUUCAUAAUAUUUUUGGAAUGCUUAUUCAUUAUCAAUACAUUGCUUUUUAAUACAAUACAUGUGUGCUAUGAAAGUUUUUCUUAAAAGUUAUAUUUGAAGAUAUAGGGCACUUAAAAGAAUAAAAAUUGUAACAAUUUGUAACAAUGUAUCAUGUGUCAAAUAUUAUAAUUCUGUUUUUUCAUAUACUAAAGGUGUUAAUACUUAGCAAUUUUUAUGUUGUUUGUAAGUUGAUUUUGAGGUCUAAGUUAAUCCUCAUUGUAUCUUAGAUUCAAAUACAUAAAUGUAGAGUUUCAAAAUUUCCUAUUAAAAUAAGCAAUGAAACUAAUCCAAAAUAUGAGAUUGAUGAUAAAAGAUGAUACUGUAAAUGUAAUCACUUGUAUAUGCAAUAGAGUUUCAGAAUGAAACGUUAUACAGACCUGCAUUUCCAAAGUUGCUGUGAUGUGCUUAAUAGACUAUAUUCUUAUAAGAUGUCAAGUUAUCAUAAGAAUCUGUAUGUAGCAUAAAAGAAACUUAAAUAUAAUAGUUGUUUUGGUUAUUGUAAACUACAUUAGUAAUAUAUUGUAAUUUAAACUUUC